AUGUCUGGUCAUGGUAAAGGAGGGAAGGGUCUAGGCAAAGGAUGCGCUAAGCACCACAGAAAGGUGCUCUGGGAAAACAUCCAGGGAAUCACAAAAAAAAAACAUCUGACGUUUGGCCCACAGAAGGGUGUCAAGUGUAUCUCCAGACUCAUCUAUGAAGAUACCUGCAGAGUGAUCAUAGUCUUCUUAGAGAAUAUAAUUCGCAAUGCCUUCACCUACCCUGAGCAUGGCAAGAGGAAGACUGUCGCCAUCAUGGAUGUCUUCUAUGCUCUCAAAUGCCAGGGGAGCACUUUCUAUGGAUUCAGGCGAUAA